CUGAGCGGAGCCGCAGCCGCUUGUCAGUUCAACUCUGAGAUCUGCGGACACAGGAGAUAUCUCCGAUCAGACCAGCUCGUAUCCCGCAGCAGAGCAGUUCAUACCCGUUGUUUUUUUUUCUUUUGGAGAUAAUACAGUAGUUAAAAAUAGACAAUCAAAGAAAUCAGCAAAGUUAAAUACUAAGAAGAGAAGGAAGAAGAAUGGGGCAGAAAACGCCAUUAAUAUUGAUGACUUUAUUGUCUUAUUGCGUCUGGAGAGAUGAGGCUCUGGCCAUGACGGAGGUGAAUGGACCGGUUAGUCCUCAUGUGGCAGACCCUCAGAUUGCCAUGUUUUGUGGCCGUCAACUUCUACACCUGAACACUGAGAGUGGACAGUGGGAACCAGAUCCUCAGGGGCGACAGGGAUGCUUCACCCAGCCCAGCAAGAUCCUGUCAUACUGCCAGGAGAUGUAUCCAGGACUGCAGAUCUCCCAUGUGGAAGAGGCCUCAUCUCCAGCGACCAUCCCGGGCUGGUGUAAGAAGGGCUGGGGUCACUGUCAGACCCGCUCCUUCAUCGUCGUGCCCUAUCGCUGUCUGGUGGGUGAGUAUGUCAGUGAGGCACUCUUGGUCCCGGAUCGUUGCCGUUUCUUACACCAGGAGCAGAUGGAUUCUUGUGAGAGCUACGUGUACUGGCACAACAUCGCCAAAGAGGCCUGCACAGCUGACAGUCUGGAGCUGCAUAGUUAUGGGAUGUUGUUGCCGUGUGGUGACCGUUUCCGUGGGGUGGAGUACGUCUGCUGCCCCGGCAGGGCAGGAUCGAGUGGACGGGGAGCGACAGAGACUACAGACACUGUACAAGGAGAAACAACACCUUUCGUGUCAAUGGCUGGAGAAAAAGUGGUCACCAGUGUGAAAAGGACGCCACCCACUCCCAGUCCCUCUCUUGAGACAGACAUCGAGGAAGACGAUAUGGAGGAGGAAGAGGAAGAGGUAGUAGAGGAAGAAGCAGAGGAAGAAGAAGAAGAGGACGAGGAGGAAGGCAAUGAUAAAGAGGCAGCUGAGGUAGAGGAAGCUGAAGAGGAGGAAGCUGCAAUGAAGGUGAAGGACCAAGAAGAGUAUGAGUAUCCCAUUGACUCUCAUUUCCAAGGCCAAGACUACAUGGACAACUUCUACGACGACAAGAACCUCCAGGCUGCCAAAGCCUCCACCCAACCUCAAACAAGGAUGGACAACCUAGUGCCCACUCCUCGUCCUACAGAUGGUGUGGAUGUUUACUUCGAGAUGCCGGGCGACGACAGUGAACAUGCCAACUUCCUACGUGCCAAGUUGGACCUGGAGGAACGGCGAAUGAAACGCAUCAAUGAGAUCAUGAAGGAGUGGGCAGAGGCAGACAACCAGUCAAAGAACCUGCCUAAGUCAGACCGCCAGGCACUGAAUGAGCAUUUCAAGUCUGUUUCUGGUCAAGUUCUCAUGUUUAUCUUAUGUGUUUGUUCUGUUUGUUUUGUAUUUGGUUUACGCUCUAUUCAAUAA